AUGGCAGCUACCUCUGUAAUGCAAAUUGAGUCCCUUGUAGGCCCUCUGAUCACCCCAAUCAGUAGUGCCAAUACAAAUCUAGUUAGCUCAUUAACUAUGAAUGUAUAUCAGAAUUUGUUGGACAGAAUUCAAUCAGACGAGAAACAAUUGCGAACGUUGUACGUGUCACACACAGUCAAAUUAGAGCCAUCACUCAAAAGUAAAGGCAUUAAUGUCCUGGAAGAUGCAGGCCAAGUUGUAACCUUAUUAUUGAGUUGUAUCGGCACGUUGACUAGCGUAACGCAGCCAACAACCCGUUUACCACGUCUCAAAGAGUUACCCCUGCCCAUGAUUAAAGGCGAAAAAAGCGAAUUCGCCACAUUUACUGAACUUUUUUAUGCCCAUGCACGUAGUAGACCUGAUCUAGACGAUGUUGCUAAGUAUACCUAUUUGUUAGGUUCAUUAGAAGGAGAGCUGCUCGAAGUUGUUCAAUCCUUCAGCGUAACAGCUGCAAAUUACCAAGUUGCCCACGAUUUGCUUGAGAAAUAUUAUGGCAACCAGCAGCAGACACUAGUCAUUCUGCAUAGAAGGCUAGCCAAUCUUUUUGUCCCCAAGUGCAAUUAUGUUGACCUCAAGAAUUUCCGCAUAGAAUUAACUGUUUUAAUCGAACGAAUCAAACAUUUGAGCAGAUCCCCAUUAGAUCAUGGCAUGUUAUUAAGUCUUAUCAACCAGAAGUUGUCGCAAGGACAAGUCUAUUGCAAAAUAGUUGAGUAUCUGCAUAAAUGUGAUUUUUCAUUGAAUGAGUUGUUCAAAGCACUGGAUUUCAUUAUAAGAUCAAUGAAGGAUGAUGCAUUGCAGAAGGGAGAGGAAUUGUCAACUGCCCGUAAGAAGGGGUCCAAAGCAAACGCUAACCAUGCAACCACUUGCUUGUUCUGCAAUGGCAAUCACUCUGUGUCUCUUUGUGUAAGGUAUUCUACUGUGGCGGCUAAAAAACGUCAGUUAAUUUUGAAUAAGAAAUGUUUCAACUGCCUAGCAUCCGGUCACACCAGUAGGCAAUGUAACGUAAAAUGUAAUUGUAAGUUAUGUGAUGGGCGACAUCACAGUUUCGCACCCACCAACAACCCCAGUUAUCAGUCCUCCUCAAAAACAUCACAAGUAGUCUCGUCUCCUGUGAAGAAACCAGGCACCAACCGAAGAAUAAGUCAAAGAACGCAGCCAAAAGCAAAAGAUGAGAAACCAUGUGUAAUAGCAAAGAUGGGCAAGGACGAGCCUUCAACCAAGUUGCUGGCUACCUUAUUGCCAACGCUACAGCUACCAUGUAUUCACGUAGCAAACCCCUUUCCACUAAAGUAUUUUGGAUACCAGUAG